UUGUCGUUGUGUAUUUCUCAAGAAUAUAAACAAUCAUACAAAAUUUUAUCAAUCUUAUUAAAAAUAGAAAAAAUUAAAAACAUUAAAUUGGCAACAUGAUAAAAAAGUUAUGGAAGGUGCCAAUAUCAUUUGCUUUUGGCCCAACAAUAACACCGAAGAGCGUUGAUGUUCCCAGUAAAAAAUAUUACGAUCCAAAGCUUGAUUAUGAAGAAACCGGAUGGGAGAGAAUUUCCAGAAUGUUUACAGUAGAUGAAUUUGGAAGGAUGUCAAACGAAUGUAACUCAAUUUUGCAGGCAGGAUUUUUUGGAAUGUUUGUCGGUGGAGUUUACGGAGGUUUUCUUGGUUCUCGAAAAGCAUAUUUUGAUUUCUUAGAUAAUAAUCAAGCUACAGCAUUUAAAAGUCAUCUUGAUGCGAAAAGGAAACUUCAAGAUAAAGUUACAUUAGGAUUUGCUCAAAAUGCUUUUAGAUUCUCAUGGCGUUUGGCAUUGUUUACAACAUCUUAUACAGCGAUCACAACAAUCAUUUCAAGUUAUCGAGGAAAAUCCUCGAUGUAUGAGUACGUCAUAGCUGGUGCUGUAACAGGAGCUGGAUAUAAGAUGAAUAUGGGAUUAAAAGGAAUGGCUGCUGGAAUUUUAGUCGGUGGAGGAUUAGGAGCACUUGGAGGUGCUGCUUCACUUCUCAUACUCAAAUCCUCGGGUAUGACAAUGGAAGAAAUUCGUUAUUAUCAAUACAAAUGGCGAUCAGGCAGAGAUGAUGAUAUCGGAAAAAGUUUUCAGAAACAAUCAGUAGGAACUGAUCGACAUAAUCCUGAUUUCGAUGUUCAUGAUAGUCAACCACAUGUUGGUUCUGGAAAAUUAGAUCUAAAAAUUUAUAUUCCUGAUGAAGACGACAACAUAAAACCUAUUGAAAAAUCUGUAAGUGAAAAAAAAUAAAAAUUUGUAAAAUUUGAUCAUAGAAUAAAGAAAUAAUUUAAAGUUAUUAAAUCGUUGUAAAAAAA